AUGGGCUACGACUACUAUCAACAACACGCAAGAUUGGGAUGGGGAACAAAUCAAUACCAAUUUGGCCCACCGCCUCAGCCUGCCUUUCAACCGCAGCCUUCUUGGGGGGGGAAUGACUUUUAUCGAGCACACGCUGCCACAGCCGAUCCGUAUCUUUUUGAUCAUGCUUGGAAUCGUGUUCGAGAAUAUGGCGGUGCACCUGCUGGUGGCAUGGGUGUUAACUUGCAAGAGGCACGCCUCUGGCAUAAACGGGCGUAUCUGCAAAAUGAACUCCAUACAUUGGCGCCCAACGAAAUAGGUCAUGCAGCAGCCUAUGAGGCUUAUAGGACAUGGAUUCACAACAGCUACCUUUACGAGCCUCUUAGUGGCGACGUUGAGAGACAAAGAGAAGCUUUAACUGGCCUUUCUGUUGCAGAAGCCACACGGCUGUUACAAUAUUUACCGCGACCGGUAGACGAAUAUUCCCGUCUAGCUGCUACAGAAGCAGCUGCACAUACAGCUUCAUAUAUAUUUUACCAAACUCGCGACGACGAUUAUCGUUCUCGAUCCCGUUACCGAUAUGGAGACUAUGGAGACGAUCUUUACGCUCAGGAUGAUAAUCUCCUCCGCACUCGUGGUCGAUCAUAUUCCCGUCACGGACAUCGCUCUCAUUCUAGACAUCGUUCAUAUUCACAAUCAGGCAUAGCACCUUUCCCGGGGCAAGCAUACUCUUCGACGUCCAUGACAAACGUCCCACAUACUGUUUUUCCUGGCUAUGGUGAUUCCUAUGACUCCUAUUCAGGCAACCACGGAAGCAUGGGACACAUGCCAGUUCCUUCUUUGCAUGGUUCGUCAUACCAUCCAAACGGGGUGCCAAUAGGAUCAGGGUCUGCUUAUGGCGGCUCUGCCUACGGCGGCUCUACAAUGGGAAUUAACACACCGUAUUCCUCAGUGCCCACAGGAGUGGCAUCUUCCUACCACGGUUCGUCUGUGAACGUUCCUACGGGAUAUUCUCGCAGUCGAAGUUCAUCCUUCUCAUACCCGCAAACCUACGGGGGCACCACCAUGAGUGUGCCUAUGGGCACACCCAUGAAUUCUUCUGGUAUGGGCAUGCCCAUGGCCAUGAGUGCUUCUGGUAUGGGCGUACCCAUGCCCAUGAGUGCUUCCGGGAUGUCUCCUAUGGGUAUGCAACCAGCACAGACAAUUGUAAUCCAUAAAUCAAGAAAACACAAACAUCGCCACCAUAGUCAUAAGAGAUCGCGGAGCUCAGAUGGCGAUUAUUAUGAUUAA